GAAAAAAUGAGUUAACGAGUGUUACCAAAUUUGCAACAACUAAAAUUCUGUUCGAUUAUGAAUUUUCGUUCAAAGCGGCCGUCAUCCGCAAGACGAAACAUAAAUCAUGAAACUUUUAACAGCUUUGUAAGUGGCAGUCGCUUGCGGCAUGUCCAGAGUCUUCUGUGUGAUGGAUCAGGGGAAAAGAAGGAUGCUCCUGAAGCGAUCCUCUGCAUCGCAGGGAUCGACAGUCGCUAUAAUGACGGCAUGAUGGAGCUGAUAAACUAUUUGCUCUUUGGCUUCUUUGAUCUCAGGAAGGCCGAACUAGAAACGUCUGGGUUUGAUGAGGAAGUUAUUGAUGAUGUGUUGCUGUGUAUUAGGUGUGAUCGUGUGGAUGUGUACUGUAACCCAGUCAACUACCACUACCUGCUGCCCUAUGUCAGCCAUUGGAGAAAUGUCUUCUUUCACUGUCUCAAUGAUGAAGAGUAUGAGGAUGAAGAGAAAGCCGAAGAGUUCAAGAUUUCCACAUUUGUUGCCAUGGUGAAAGGUUGCCACAAUAUUGGUGUUCCCUACAGCAACUCCGGCCACCUGCAGCAGUUCGAUGUGAUGUUGAUAGAGAAGUGGCCAAUCAUACAGGUGUAUGGCGUGGAGGAGGUUGGAGGCGGAGGAUUCUUCACAAUGCAGCAUGAUAUUGUUGAUGUGAGCAGUCAAGUCCACACCCUGUACUCUCUGAUGGACCCCGUGGGGCUAGAAACACUCAUUUUGGAGCAAGUGACAAAGCUGGAGAGACAGUGGCAGACCAUGCUGUCAACCAUGGAAGUCUGUCUAGGCACUGGCAAUCCAAGAGCUUUGACAGAAGAAAAAAUAUUUGAGCCACUACGCAGCUUUUUCAUCCAUGGACGUGCCAAUGUCGAGCCCAAGGAGAACCAGUCCCAGGCCCCUAGUUUUCCGUAUGUGCUGUUUGGUAGUAACAGUCGCAGUCAGUCACUGAAGCAAGCCAUUAGCCAGCUAAGCAAGCCAUCAGGAGACUUCAGUACCACAGCAGUGGGAAAACAUGCUACCAACUUUAUGGUAUGUAAGGUGGUGAGCCCGAGAGGCCCUCUGAGCUGCGCCCGCACAUACUUCAUGAACAGAAACUUUGUCAACCCAUUCCAAGAUAACAAGAUAGCCGAAUAUGAAGAUAAUACGGAAAUGAGACUUCUAACAGUGUUGUACGGGGCCAUGGUGGAUGCCGUCCUAGCAGGAAUACAGGCAUACAGUUCAACCCUUGGCAUAAAACAGGCAGCUGAUGCAGCCUUGGAGAUAUUUGCAGCCGUUUGUUCAGAGGUGAAGGACGACGCAGUGGUUCAGUUCCUCAAGGGAAAACCAAACAUCACUUUCAGCAUGGUUGCCACCGACUCACACGGAAUACCUGUGACCCUGGCAGAAGGAAAGAAAAGCCUUUUGGUGAAGACAACCUCCCUGACCAUCUCUGACAUCCCCAGUCCAGACACGCCUGGGACACUCCUCGGCUCUCUGGUUUUCUCCGAAACAUUCUUGGACUCACAGAUACAGGUCCUCCAGAAAGAUGGCAGUCUGAGACUGGACGGGACCUACCUGCUGUUGACUGACCAUGUCCCCAGAUACCGGGCUUGGGCUGUGACAAGUCUAGUGGAUGAGAGGAAGUGUUUACAGCAGAAAUUGGAGGGUCCCAGUCUAAAGGAAAACUUUGGGGACCUUCUGCUGUCAGGAGAUCCGAUUCACCUGGGCUGUAGUCGCACACACUGUCUACCACCAGAAGAAGCGAUCCUGUAUGCGUUUGAGAAUGGGCUGGUGAUCCUGUGUCCCCAGUAUGGCGCUGUAGCUCUCCAUGGCAACCACAUACGCUCAGCACAGUUUUAUGAUGGGGACACUUCUAACACAGUGGCGGUGCUGGUGUUGGAGUACCAGUCUACAUUUCUUCCAUUUCUUCCGUUCCACCUCCAAAAUGAAGAGUGCCAGCUCAUCCUUAUGUUUACACCCAAGUCCAAGGCCUACAAACACCUGUAUUCAGAUGUACUGCAUACGUGGCGUAAGGAUGAAGACUCCCCCAAGGUGAAGAGGAUCGACCAGCUACCGGACAACUGCUCACUCAUGCAUGCGUUACUACAACAUGAAUACAUGGAGUUGUCGAUGGGCAAAGUGAAGACAGCACUUCAGAAGGCUUCAUCUGGCCUGCCCCAUCUGUACAGAUUUUUGGAGCAUUUCUCCUUAGGCAGUUUGGGUUGGCUUCCAGUACCAGAGACAGACCUUGGAGCUGUUCUAGGGCGGGCUGGUGGCCAGGUGGUUGACACUGAGGCAGAGAUAGUAGUGACAAUCCUGAGUGGUGUGCCCGGCUCCCACCAACAGGACAUGUGUGAUAUCCUCACCAGCAUGUCCAAGGAACAAAACAGGUAUGUUGUCUGGAAGCCGGUAAUUGACGGGAGACAACAGUUCAGCCCAGUGGACAUUCAGGCCAAGUUGAAGGCCACCCUCAACGUCCACCGCCGACGCAAGCAGGGAAAGAUGGCCACACGAAACACUAGAGUCAUCUAUGUGGUACCAGGAUACACAGACAUUGUGAGUGUGGUUCAAGCCAUAGAGUGCCAUCCAGACCCUGAUGUCCGCUCUCAUUGUGCAAUAGGUUCAGUGACAGCGUGUGUGGACCCCCUGAAUGUGUUUAUGGAGCACCACUUCACCCUGCCCUACCUUCUGAACACGUGUGCCCAGGGCUGGGUCAACCAGAUUGUCAUGACCUCUUCAACCACUCUUCAGAAUGAGGACCUGGAGACCAUACAACACAUGCUGCGGUCUGUGAACCCGGAUGUGGCCUUCCUUCUGGCAGAGCAAGGCAAUGUCUCCAGGAGUAUGGAUGUGGAUGCCAUAUUGAGCGAGGAGAGCUGGCGCUCAUUAGAGAAGGUUCGGGCUCGAUACUUGCUGGUACCCAGCUGGCGGAGGGCAGGGAACCAAUCCACACCUGUGAUGGGAACCGUCCAGCUCAACUUCACUCUUCCACUUGAUAAGCAUAAACUCGUCAAUAAACUUAGAGGUUUGAAAUCUCAUCAAGGGAGUUUCCCAUUUGUAGGAAAUAUAUAUAAUGUACAUGGAAAACUAAGGUUUACAGACUCCAAGCCGUCUGAGUGUAUGGAGCUGCGGUACACAACUCUGAGUGGGCAGCUAGUUAUCUCCCCUUACACGGAGACAGCAAGGGAGAAAACCCAGGCCCCGGGUAACACGAUUGUCUUUACUGGAUGUGGCCUUACUCCGGACAAACUCAAGGACUGGCUGCGAGACUGUGCCCCUCCGAAGCCAGAGAAGAAGCCAUUGAUCUCAAGGAAAGAUGUCAGCAGAGAUGUCAUCAACAAAAUUCAUAAGACCCACCACCUGGAAGUCCUACCAGAGGGCUGGUUCUACAACGGCACCCAGUAUGUCAGCUUUGACGGCACCAAGCAGGACAAACAUCCAGGCCUGGAGGAGUUUGUGAGAGGGUACUUGGAGGAGAAGAAUGCAGAUAUCAAGGCCCACAAUGCACAGGUGGAGGAACAGCUAGCCAGCUAUAUGGACCUCUUCUCAUAGACUACACACAGGCAACACUUAGUUAACAUCACAGGAACAUUUUACCAUAGAAUUCACUGGGGUGACACUUAGCUAACAUUACAGUAACAUCUUACCAUAGAAUUCACUGGGGUGACACUUAGUUAACAUUACAGGAACAUCAAACCAUAGAAUUCACUGGGGUGACACUUAGUUAACAUCACAGGGACAUCUUAUCAUAGAAUUCACUGGAGUGUCACUUUGUUUGACCAUGAAGUGAUACCUAUUUGAUUAAGUAAGGGCACUACUUAAAUGCAUUUUUCCAGGACAACAUACUUGACCAUUCCACUCAAUUGUAUUCAAAAAUCAGAAUGGGGAUGAGCUUCAUAAUGAAUCAGACAGGCAGAAAGUGAUAAAGUUAUAUUAGGCUUAAAGUUUAUGAUAUGAGUAGGGUGAUGGUACUAAUAUAAGAGUAAUAAUGGAUUUUGAAUAUUUCCUGAUUUUGUUGUUGUUGUUUUAUAAAUUGUUAUUAUAAAAUAUAGAAAGAUCUGAAUAGCAUGUUCAUGUACAUGUAUGUAUGUAUAGCAAGAAUAAGAACUGAUCUCAGGUCAUAAGAAAGGAUAAAGUUUGAAAGUAAAAAUGAGAAUAUAACAUGUUGACCUACUUUUAUGGUGUUAUUUCUGUGUGAACUGCUUUAUUGGGUAAAAUUUUAACUGUUGUUAAUGUAAUACUGUGAGUGUUUGUAAAGUUUCUUGUUCAGCUGUAAAAUUGUAAUGUUGCAUUCAUAGUAAAAUCUGUGAUUGAUUGUAUAAAGAUGUAUAUUUGUAUUUAUACAAUACUAUAUGUAGUUUGAUAACAUGGCAAUUCUGAAUUGCUACAUUGUAUUCGUUGUUUUUUCCACAAUAUGUUUGUUUGGAAUGCCAAAUCUAUAUAAACUCAAAUAUUUGAAGAGCUUUUCAAUUAAUCAGACCUCUUCAGUUCAAUUAAAGAGAGCUUUAAUGAAAUUAAUCGAAUUGAUGAUGGCAUUAAUUGAAUUAGAGGUCUCUCCAAUUCAUUUGGAGAGCUCUACAAUUUAAUUGAAGAUAUCUCCCAAUCAAUUGAAGUUAAGAGCUCUUCAAUUGAACUUCAAAUCAUUUAUGGAUAAGAACAUAUUUGUUACAAUUGAAGCUAUCUGCAAAUCAGUUGUUGCCCUCAUUAAUUGUAUCAGAGCACUUUUCAAUUUAUUUGAAGAGCUCUCUAAUUCAAUUAGUGAUAGCAACAAUUGAAUUGUAAUGAUCACAACAAAAAAUAGAGACCUCUUCAAAUCAAUUAAAGAGGUAUUGAAAAGCUCUUCAAAUAAUUUAUAAAGGUCUCUAAUUAGCACUUUAAAUAUUUUAGUUUAUGUAGAUUUUGUGUUCCAUAUUUUUAUGUUUGUCAAUUAAGUAUUUCUCAUAUUUAUAAAUAAUGCUUUAAUAUUUUGGUUAUAUCACAUUGUAUUGUAUUUUACUCGUAAGUCACAUUCCAUAACAACACAUUAAUCAUUAAACACUGGCCAGUGUAUAAAAACAAAUCAUACCAAUUAAUUUCUGUUUAGGAUAUAUAAAUGUUUAAUUAAGGUUGUGCAGCUGUUAGAGCUUCAAAUGUUGGUGCAGCCAAGUAAUUGUGAUAGAAACAUUAACAUUCCGUCCAUUAUUUAUACAGUAACGUAAACUUUAUACAGUCUUGUUCACAUGCCAUGUUGUACAUGUUAAGUAUGCUUCUUGUUCCUUGUGUUCUGCAAAUACCUCUAUACUUGUGAAAAUGUUUCUCUUCUCUAUCAUAUUUUCUUUUCUCGUUAUUGCACAGGCAUUAAGGUCAUUGUAUGUGUUUAAAAUUUUGAUAUAUAUCUAUUAGGGCGUAUAGUGAGGUAUUCAUUUUGAGGAGAUGUAUAGUGAGAUAAAAAAAUUGAGGACAUCCAAAUUGAGAUAAGCAAAGCAUCUUUGGGACAAAUAUAGUGCGAUAAGCAACACAUCUUUGGGACGUAUUAAGUGAAAUAAGGCACACAUCUUUAGGACAUAUAUAGUGAGAUAAGGAACACAUCUUUGGGACAUAUUUAGUGAGAUAAGGAACACAUCUUUGGGACAUAUAUAGUGAGAUAAGGAACACAUCUUUGAGACAUAUAUAGUGAGAUAAGGAACACAACUGUGGGACAUAUAUAGUGAGAUAAGGAACACAUCUUUGGGACAUACAUAGUGAGAUAAGGAACACAUCUUUGGGACAUAUAUACAUAUAUAGUGAGGUAAGGAACACAUUUUCGGGACAUAUAUAGUGAGAUAAGCUUACACAUGUUUGGGACAUAUAAAGUGAGAUAGGCAAACAUGUUUGGAACAUAUAUAGUGAGAUAAGGAAUGGAUCUUUGGAACAUGUAUAGUGAGAUAAGGAACGCAUAAGCUUACACAUGUUUGGGACAUAUUUAGUGAGAUAAGCUUACAUCUGAUGCCAUAAAUGUAUUGAUACUAAAUAAACUUGCCCUUCAAUCUACCUACAUUUCAGAGGUAGCCAUUGGCUCAGUUAUUGAUUAAUAUAUUUAUGGCAUAAGAUAUCCUCAGAUAUGUUGUUUAUCUCACCACCUAUCCCCAAAUGGAUAUAAUUCAGUAUUUGAGACAUGAACAAUGAGCCAAAUGCCUGUUCUUUGUGGGGGUUUUUGUUCUGUGGUUUAUUGAACUGAUAUAACUACAGGUAUCUUUUUUGCCAGUUCAAUAUGUUUUCAUCUUCAUAUUAUUUAAAUGUAAGAUGUGAAUGACUCUAUUGACAUUUCCCUCAAAAGAUCUGAAAUUGAUGCUUGUUUGUGUUUUAUGAAUUUGUUCAGCCUUUAAGAUUUGCUCAGUAUUAAUAAAUAUA